GAAGCUGUCUACUCCUUAGAUGCCGCAGAACGAGGAAAAAUCUCCAAAGCUGAUUUUGUUGAGUUGUACAAGGAAAUCGCAACUAGACCGGAAAUUUAUUUCCUCAUGGUACGAUACGCAAAUAAAGACUACUUGAGUUGUCAAGAUCUUCGACUUUUUCUUGAGACUGAACAAGGGAUGGUCGGGGUAACAACGGAGUUUUGUGAGAACGUUGUGGAGCAGUAUGAACCGGCUCCAGAGGCUAAGGAGAACAAUUUUAUGACGAUUGAUGAUGAAUUUGCGAAUAAACAACGUUCUGAGAAAUCAAACAAUGAACUUUUAGGAUUCACCUCAUUCCUAUUGUCCAAGGAUUGCUCAAUCUUUGAUCCUUCUCAUACGAGAGUAUGGAUGGAUAUGAAACAGCCAUUUUCCAAGUACUUCAUCGCUUCAUCUCACAAGACCUAUCUUAUAGAAGAUCAGCAAGGUCAGGCUAGUUGCGAUGGAUUAGCAAGUGUUUUGAAGAAAAGCUGUCGGAUGAUAGAGCUCGAUCUCUGGGAUCCUGUGGAUAGCAAAGGAGAAACCGAGCCUAUGGUUCAAAAUGGUCUUCUUGCUCUGAGCAAAGUCCCUCUAACUGAAGCUCUAAAAACAAUUCGACAGUAUGCUUUUGAACGGUCAAGGUUUCCACUCAUUCUUCGUCUUUCUAUUCAUUGCUCAUUGGAAUGGCAAAAAGUUGCCGCUAAGCUCAUAGUUACUCAUCUUGGCACAAAGCUCUACAUGCCAUCAGCUGAUCCGACUGAUUGGAAUAAUGAGCGUGCCAUUCCAACACCUUCCGACUUCCAGCAAAGAAUACUUUUGAUGGUGGGUUCAAUCAAGGCAAAAAACAGCUAA